AAGAUCUAGAGAUGUUGGAAGGAUUAGAAAGAGAGCUCACACCUUGGGAGAAGACGUAUCUGGACGAGCUCCAUGAGCGGAGGAAUAUUGAAGAGUAUGAACGUCAACUCAUGGAAGCCCGAGAAGCGAUGGUGAUCGAGGCUCAUGACCACGAAGAUGAAGGUGCGCUUAAUUUCUUAAUCCUUGAGGACAAGGAAAGUCUUGAAGAGGAGGGGAAAGAUACGGAAGUGGUCAUCAACCCCGGUGAGUCCGACAAUGAUGAUGGCGAUGGUCUUGAUAUUUGGUUGGAAAAUAUGUUGGAAAAGCCAUCUAGUCCUACUUACCGGCCAUCAUGUGUGAGGGAUUGGCCGAAACGAUGUGGUCCACGAGCUAAGCUAAAGCCUAAGAGGUGCAAUACCAAACGAGCUCGAAGAAAACCCAAGGCGAAGACGAAGGAAGAGAAGUGUUGGUGUAAGCCAUGUGCGAGAAAGAGACGAGCAUGUAAGAUGGAGGCUAGAAGGCGAGGUAAAAAAAGGAUGGAAGAUGGAUGGUUAAGACGUGCCGGAGAUUGCACGAACAUGGAAGUGAAGUGCAUUGAAGGAUGGGACCCGUGGGAAGGCCCAUGGUCAUCGGGCGAGCAUUCGAAGGAGAUCGGUGAGCAGCGGGGAUCGAUCGGCGACGUGGAAGCGAGCACGAGCGGAGAGCGCGCAUCGUUCCUUGAUGCGCGCGAGAUAGGCACGGUCGAUGGAGGCAAGCAGAUCACGGACGAUUGCGCGAACGUAGGCGGUACGCGAAGGGUUACCGCGGGGCACGGCGAAUGCGCUAGUGGCGCGAACGCGUACAAUGGCCUAGGCCUAGUGGGCCUAGGAUUGGCGGGAGCAGACGCGCGAGGAAAGGUCGGCAGGGACGAGGCGUGCUACGGGCGCGCGAGUAUGGGUGACGCGGGAGGGAGCCGUGGCCUUGUGGGCAUAGGAAUACCGGGCGCGG